AUGAUCAUCAAUACACAACCAAAGAUUAACGGAUAUAACGCAUUGAGCCAUCAAACGAGCUCCGAAAAAGCCUUUCCUUUCGAGAUGAAGGUAGACACCCCAAGAUUAGACGAGGGCGAAAGCGAUUCACUGUGCAAAUUCAACGUUUUACCAAAACGCAAACUAUGCAUUCGACUCCAGUCCACUAAACCGUUGGGAGGAAAGCUACACGUGAGCUUUGAAAAGAUACUGACGCAUGCUUCUGAUGCCUCUGAACCUGCACCAAAACGCCGCCGAUUUCAAAGGCGCAAUUCUAAGACUGCGAAUAUGCUAUCAAUGUCCAUGCUGCCUGUGCUUGCGUUGGAUCUAGAAGAUAAGGCGAAGACAACAUCGUCCUGUCCCGAAUACGACGAUGACAUCAACAUUGCGGAAGAUCUCGUACGGCAUUUUCAGGCUAAUCGUAAAAGAGCGCAGCAACUUGAAUUCAGUUUAGCAAAGAGCUAG